UAUAGCUGUAAAAGCUUACUGAUAGUAAUAGUAACUAAGAAAUCUGCUCUUGCCCCACAGGGCUGUUUCAAGGAUGGAAUGGCUGGUAUGUGUAAAAUACAUAGGCCCUACACAAGUAGUCAUUCUCUUGAAUGACACAGGAACUGGGCCAAACUUGAGACGAAUCUUGGGAGAAUUCCUGUAUUUUAUUCCCAUCCAUAUGAGUCCCAGACCAUGUGGACACUUGCUUUCCUUUCACUUUUUCUCAUGCUUCUAGUGAGGAGGGAAUCUGUUUCAACAGCUGAAGGAAGGGUCCAGCCUGGAAUGACAGUCUUCUGGCAGGGAAGGAGACACCUCUGUCCUGGAAGGGCUGUGGGUCCCUAAGACUAGGGAAGUGCUUGAUCCCACUUGUGGGCUGCAGCCCUGCCCUCUGGCUGCCCGGCAAGGCUGCUUUGUGUGCUCGGCCUGGGGGAGGAGACUGAAGAUGCCGAUAAGGAGGCCUUUCCGGUCCAGCCAAACAGGCGCAGGAAAGCUUCUGCAGAGGAGAGAUUAGACGCAGUCCCCAGCUUAGAGGACACAAUGGGACGGCCAUUGGAAUGAACCUCCGGAGCACUUUGAGGGCGCUGUUGUUUAUUGUUGGAGAAGGACAGUGGAGGGAGCCCGGCCUGCUUGCGCGGAAGACGGAAACAGCAAGUUGGGUCUGGAAAGACCUUUUUUAGAGCAGUUCCACAAACAUGUUUUGGAUACAGAAGCUCCCCAUCUUGGAAAGGCAUUAAUGAGCAGGAAAGUCCUUUGACAUUCUUCCCAUAGGCAUACACUGUACGAGAAUAAACUGCCUUGAAGCUUUGGAUGGGGUCUCCUUCGUUCCUGCCCGCUGGCACCCCCAGCUUGUCCGCACAAAGGCUUGUAAUCUCCUUUCCAUGCUGAAAGAAAACAGCUCUUACCACAGGGGUGACCUGUGACCUGACGACUUGGAAGGAUAAAGGUUACCAGCUGUGUAAAUGAGUAUGGAAGAUUAUGAUUUCCUGUUUAAAAUUGUUUUAAUUGGCAAUGCUGGUGUGGGGAAGACGUGCCUAGUCCGACGAUUCACUCAGGGUCUUUUCCCCCCAGGACAAGGAGCCACAAUUGGAGUUGAUUUUAUGAUUAAAACAGUGGAGAUUAAUGGUGAAAAAGUCAAGCUUCAGAUCUGGGACACAGCAGGUCAAGAGAGAUUUCGGUCCAUUACCCAGAGUUACUACCGAAGCGCCAAUGCCUUGAUCCUCACCUAUGACAUAACCUGUGAGGAAUCCUUCCGUUGCCUUCCUGAGUGGCUGCGGGAGAUAGAACAAUAUGCCAGCAACAAGGUCAUCACUGUGCUAGUGGGCAACAAGAUUGAUCUGGCUGAAAGGAGAGAGGUCUCCCAGCAGAGAGCUGAAGAAUUCUCAGAAGCUCAGGACAUGUAUUACCUGGAGACCUCAGCCAAGGAGUCAGAUAACGUGGAGAAACUAUUCCUUGACUUAGCAUGUCGCCUCAUCAGUGAAGCCAGGCAGAACACACUUGUGAACAAUGUAUCCUCGCCCUUACCCGGAGAAGGGAAAAGCAUCAGCUAUUUGACUUGUUGUAAUUUCAACUAAAGGCUGAGGCAAGGAGAAGCAAAAGGAAUCAGCAGCUGCCCCGAUGGGCCCCAAAUUGCUGGGGGAGAUCUGGGGAUGACUGUGGCUCCCGCUCUCAGACCUUCUGACUCCUGUGGGAUCCAGAGCUUACAAAGCAUGGCAGGCCAAAGGCUUUGUCCACAGGCCAGCAUUAGCAGAACAUAUAAUGGUUGCACCCUUUUGCAGUCAGGAGUUGGAGCAAGGAGAAAAUUGCACUAGGCGCUCCGUGAUCUGCAGAGCAUGUGGCUUUUGUUCUUUUUCUAAAAAAAGCAAGUAAAAGCGCAUUCCUGAACACAGUCCAGGGGGAAAUGUGCUGUAGGGAGAUCCCUCCUGCACGUCAGUGGGUGCAUGUGGGGGCUGUGCUUUAGGGCUUCCGGGGGCCCUGGUUUUCUCGUCUACCAGAUAGCCAAAACUGGGAAGGCUAAGUCCUGCCUCUAUGGUGCGUGUUGAUGACUCCAUGGAGACUUUGAAAAGUGUUAUUCCUCUGGUCCACAGGCACUUUCAAGAACUUCGGGAUGUAAAAAUGAUAUGAAACCUUUUCCCAUGACCAACAGUAACAAUCAUUGGUUUAAUAAUAUAUAUAUAUAAGCUCCAUGACUCCUUUUGGUGCUAAUGAAUCGCUCUUUCAUAGACCAAACAUUUUAGUACAUUGAUGUCCUUAAAUGUAUUACAUUGAAAUAAAAAAAAAAAAUAAGGGAAGUCCAUGAAUCAGCACUCUUUCUCAAAGUCUCAUGACUACCUUUUCUAGGGUGGAUUUGUUGGAAAAUGAAAUACUUUUCCUUUCAUGUUCUUUCCCCUCUAUCUUUACCAUUUUCUUCUAUUCUCUCAUCUUUCCAGCCCUUUAAGUAAAUGGAAACCUUAGAAAAAUGAAAAAAAAAUGGCUGCUGAUAUUCUAAUGUUAAAGACUAGCUCUAAGACAUCAUGAGUAGUAUGAGAAAACAGACCUGAUCUGACCAAAAUACUGUGGAUUAAUGGACUGCAAUGCAGAGUUCCAAGCAGAGCACAGUCCUUGAUAGCAGGUGACAUCUUUUACUUCCUGGUACUAUCCAUCUUGGACAGACCAAGGCUUAGAAUUUUGUACAUGUUUUUAGUAUGAUAAGUUGAUGAUAGCAA